GAUGAAAUAGGUCAGCCACUGUUGGGGAGGGGAUGUCAAGGGGGUCUCCCUAAGGAUUAUUAUACGGAUAUGAAAUGGGGGUCUCUUGUGCAUUUUUGGUCUUAGGUUUGAGGUACUUGAGGGCAUAUUCCUGUCAGUUUAGGGGGUCAGGGGGUUCUCCCCUGCAAAGUUUUGAAAUACAGGUGGCCUCAUGUGCAUUUUCUGGUGUAAAUUUUGAGGUUCUUGAGGGAGUAGGGUGGGGGAAGGGGUCAGGUAUGAAAUGGUUGCCUCUGGUGCGUGUUUGGGACUAAAUUUUAAGGUACUGGAGGGUUAUUCUUGUCAUUUUAGGGGGCCAGGGGUUCACGCCCUGGAGGUUUUUUUUAUAAUACAGGUAAUUGGAAUGGCCGCCUGUGGUGCCUUUUUUAUCUAAAUUAUGAGAUACUGGAGAGGGUAACCACCUCAUUAUUGGGCAUCAGGGAGCUCGAGAUCUCUUUCCUAGAAAUUCUGAUGCAGGUAUGAAAUGGUGGCCUCUGGUGCAUUUUUAGCUCAUCUGAUUUUUUGAAAAAAAAAUGAUGAGUUAUUGUCAUCACUUGAGCGGUUGUCGGCGUCGGCGUUGCCUGGUUAAGUUUUAUGUUUAGGACAGCUUUUCUCCUAAACUAUCAAAGCUAUUGCUUUGAAACUUGGAAUACUUGUUCACCAUCAUAAGCUGACCCUGUAUAGCAAGAAACAUAACUCCAUCUUGCAUUUUGCAAGAUUUAUGGCCUCUUUUCUACUUAGAAAAUAUCAGAUUUCUUGGUUAAGUUUUAUGUUUAGGUCAACUUUUCUCCUAAACUAUCAAAGCUAUUGCUUUGAAACUUGGAAUACUUGUUCACCAUCAUAAGCAGACCCUGUACAUCAAGAAACAUAACUCCAUCUUGCUUUUUAGCCCACCAUCAUGAUGAUGGUGGGCUAUUAAAAUCACUCUGCGUCCGUGGUCCGUCCGUCCGUCAUUCCGUCCGUCCGUCCGUCCGUUAACAAUUUCUCGUUAUCGCAUCUCCUCAGAAACUACUGGGGGGAUUUUGACCAAACUUUGUCAGAAUGAUGUAUUGGUACCCUAGUUGUGUCCCCCUGAAAAUCAGACUGGUUCAACAAUUUAUGAGUGAGUUAUGGCCCUUUGUUUAUUUCUAUAAUUUAUAUAGAUUUAUAUAGGGAAAAACUUUGAAAACCUUCUUGUCCAAAACCACAGAGCCUAGGGCUUUGAUAUUUGGUAUGAAGCAUCAUCUAGUGGUCCUCUACCAAGAUGAUUCAAAUUAUUUCUCUGGGGUCAAAUAUGGCCCCGCCCUGGGGGUCACAUGGUUUAUAUAGACUUAUAUUGGGAAAAACUUUGAAUAACCUCUUGUCCAAAACCACAGGGCCUAGGGCUUUGAUAUUUUGUAUGUGACAUCAUCUAGUGGUCUUCAACUAAGAUUGUUCAAAUUAUACCCCUAGGGUCAAAUAUGGCCCCGCCCUGGGGGUCAUAUGGUUUACAUAGACUUAUAUAGGGAAAAACUUUGAAAAUCUUCUUGUCCAAACCACAAAGCCUAGGGCUUUGAUACUUGUAAUGUAGCAUCAUCUAGUGGUUCUCUACCAAGUUUGUUCAAAUUAUACUCCUAGGGUUAAAUAUGGCCCCGCCCCGGGGGUCACAUGGUUCAUAUAGACUUAUAUAGGGAAAAGCUUUUAAAAUGUUCUUGUCAGUAACUACAACAUUCAAACUUGGACCACAUGUAUAUUUUUGAGUGGCAAGAUGAACCUUGACAUGAGUUGACCUUGAUUUUGACCUAGUGACCUACUUUCACAUUUCUGUAGCUACAGCCUUCAAAUUUGGACCACAUGCAUAAUUUUGUGCACUGGAAAAAACUUUGACCUUUAUUUUGACCUAGUGACCUACUUUCACGUUUUUGAAGGUACAGGCAUCAAAUUUGGACCAUAUGCGUAGUUUCGUGUUUCAAAAUGAAAUUUGACAUUGAUUUUGACCUAGUGACCUACUUUCACAUUUCUCAAGCUACAGCCUUCAAAUUUGGACUACAUGCAUAGUUUUGUGUACCGAAAAAAACUUUGACCAUGACAUUGACCUAGUGACCUACUUUCACAUUUUUGAAGGUACAGGCUUCAAAUUUGGACCACUUGCAUAGUUUUGUGUACUGAAAUGACCUUUGACCUUUACAUUGACCUAGUGACCUACUUUCACAUUUUUAAGGUACAGGCUUCAAAUUUGGACCACAUGCAUAGUUUUGUAUUCCGAAAUAAAAUUUGACCUUGAUUUUGACCUAGUGACCUACUUUUACAUUUCUCAAGCUACAGCCUUCGAAUUUGGACCACUUGCAUAGUUUUGUGUACUGAAAUGACCUUUGACCUUUACAUUGACCUAGUGAUCUACUUUCACAUUUUUAAGGUACAGGCUUCAAAUUUGGACCACAUGCAUAGUUUUGUAUUCCGAAAUAAAAUUUGACCUUGAUUUUGACCUAGUGACCUACUUUUACAUUUCUCAAGCUACAGCCUUCAGAUUUGGACCACAUGCAUAGUUUUGUGUACCGAAACAAACUUUGACCUUUACAUUGACCUAGUGACCUACUUUCACAUUUUUGAAGGAACAGGCUUCAAAUUUGGACCACAUGCAUAGUUUUGUAUUUCGGAGUAAAAUUUGACCUGGAUUUUGACCUAGUGACCUACUUUUACAUUUCUCAAGCUACAGCCUUCAAAUUUGGACCACUUGCAUAGAUUUUUGUUGUGUACGGAAAUGAAAUUUGACCUUGAGCUAGUCAGUAAGUCUUGAAAUUUGGAACACUCAAAAAUGGCACAUUGGUGGGCGCCAAGAUCACUCUGUGAUCUCUUGUUGUUAGAUUUAUUGCCCCUUUUGGACUUAGAAAAUCAGUUUUCUUGGUUAAGUUUUAUGUUUAGGUCAGCUUUUAUCCUAAACUACCAAAGCUAUUGCUUUGAAACUUGCAACACUUGUUCACCAUCAUAAGUUGACCCUGUACAGCAAGAAACAUAACUCCAUCCUGCUUUUUGCAAGAUUUAUGGCCCCUUUUGGACUUAGAAAAUAUCAGAUUUCUUGGUUAAGUUUUAUGUUUAGGUCAACUUUUUCUCUUAAACUAUCAAAGCUAUUGCUUUGAAACGUGCAACACUUGUUGACCAUCAUAAGAUGACCCUGUACAGCAAGCAAGAUGAGCGUCAGCACCCGCAAGGCGGUGCUCUUGUUUUUGUUUAAAUAUUAAGGGAGAGGAUACCCCCUGGAGAGGGCUCUCCCCUGGAAAAUUUAAAAUGGUGGCAUAUGGUGCAUUUUUGGGGGUCUAAUUUUUGAGAAAAUAUUAUUUCUUUGCCGAAAUAAAUGUGUGUAAGUUUGAUGAGUAUGGGUAACUUUUCAGCCAACUGGACAUACAUAGAUCUAUGAACUUUAUAAGACAGUUAACAUAACGUUCGGUCUAGUACUAAAUACAAUACAAACUGUGUUCGGAAAAAGACGCUCUGUGAAAAUUCAUUAGUGUAUUUCCGAACACACAAAUUACGUCAUUUAAAGUGGUCCAUUGAUCUCCAACAGCCAUGAAAACAUAGUAAAAUGUAUACAAAUGUGUUUAUCUACUUAUAAAAGCCACAAACAGAAAUGCUUUAGACACAAAACCUUAACUUGUGAUGUUCGCAACCUUAUCGUUUUAAGUAAUUUUUAUUAACAGUGUCUGGUAUACUUACUGGGUCGAAGUUUAAGCAUCACUGUAACGUGUGUGUAAAAUCAAUAUGUAGAAACCGAGUGAGGCUUCCAAUUUUGAUUGUUUUGGCCGGUUUAGAACUUUGUGCAAUGUCGCUGACAGAAGUUACGACGUCAUGUAAGAAUGUUCGGCUCAGACACGCCAGUCGGAAAUGCCCGACCCCGCUCUACAUGUAUACAUAUCAAUUAUUAACCAGGUUUUCGUAAAACCUGAGUUAUUAGAUUGGGGUAUGUCGGCGGGUGGGCGGGCGGCGACGUCAAACUGGUGUUUCCGGUCAAUAACUUUCGUUUCGGUAAAGAUAUUUCAAUAAAACUUGGUAUGUAUGUAGCUUAUAUCAAGACAAAGGCUGGGAUUGAUUUUGGGGUUUCUGGGGUCAAGGUCAAGGUCACUGUUACUUAAAAUAGAAAAAGGGUUUCCGGUCAAUAACUUAACUUAGGAAUGAGCUAUCAUGAUGAAACUUGGUGUAUAGAAAACUUAUAUAAAGUUGUAGCUUGGGAUUGAUUUUGGGGUUUCUGGGAUCAAGGUCAAGGUCAUUGUUACUAAAAAUAGGGUUAGGGUUAGGGUUGUGCUUUAAAGUUGUAGCUUGGGAUUGAUUUUGGGGUUUCUGGGAUCAGGGUCAAGGUCCUUGUUACUAAAAAUAGGGUUAGGUUAGGGUUUAGGAUUAGGGUUGUGCUUUAAAGUGGUGCACUGUGAUUCAGUAUACUUUUUUAUUCUUAUGAGAAAUGUUGAAAACCUGGUUUCGUGGCAUUGCCGCGUUUCUUGUUUUCAGGUCUUGUAGUGGAGUAAGGGAUAUAGAUCAUGCAGUCAAAGGUAGUUACAGCAUGGAUGAGCUACAAAGUUUACAGUCUGAAAUAAAUGACAUUUAUGAGCAACUUAUUGAUGUGAGUAAGAAGAAGGGAAAGAUCCUUGCAGAAACUGAAGAGCAGAAAGCCAGCAUACUUGGAAGGAUCAAAGAUCUGAAAAAGAAAAUGAUAGACAACAUAGAAAAUAUGGAGAUAUUAGCAACUGAAACAAUGAAUGAAAAGUACAGUGAGGUUAAGAAAGAGCUUGGCGAAGAUAUGUCCAGUGUGAACAAGAUGAUUGGAAAACUGGAAGAGAGAAAGAAGAAAAUUGAUAUGGCAGUUCAGAUGGAUAAAGGUCAAAGAUUCAUUCAAGUUAAACUUGCACAGAAGGCUGCUGCUGAUGCAAAAACAUUAUGCAAAGAAAAUACUUCAAGAAAUCAUAAAGUUGUUAUAUUCACUGAAGAUGAAGGAUUAAGUGAUGCAGUAAUGAAAAAACAAGCAUUUGGUCAAAUAAACAUAGCUGAGCAACAGAAAGAAUUGGAAAUCAAAACAGUUAAUAUGGAAUUACAUGAGGACAAGUUUAAAUGUUUGAUUCCUGAUUUAUGUCAAUUACAGGAUGGAAGCAUUAUUAUAGUUGACCAAAGGAACAGAAACAUGAAGAAACUAGAUAAAAACUAUGUGGCAAAAUAUGUCUGUGAAUUUAUCAGUGAACCAACAGGUAUUUGUUGUACUGGAAAGAAUGAAGUUGCAGUGAAAAGAAAGAAUAAUACCAUAGUCUUUUUAACAAUUAAUGGUUAUAAUUUUGAUGAGCAUUCAUUAAGAUAUAUUUCAGUAGAAGAUGGAGGUUCCUGGGGGAUGGCUUAUUUUGCUGGUGACUUGUGGGUGUCAUUCAGAGGUGGUAUAAGAGUAUACAGUUUGUCUGGUGACCUUAAAGAUGUCAUUACUGAUGUCGUUGGACCCUUUGGAGAAGUUAUUCACCUGUCACCUGUUCACCUUGCUGUUAGGAAUAAUUCAAUUUUUAUUGCAAAUGGUCGUGACGGAGCUCUUUGUCUAGACAAGGAUGGCUGCCUGAAAUAUGAACUUCAGGAUGACAGGCUUAGGUUUACGAGGGGAGUGUGUGUAACCAGGCGAGGCACUGUAUUUCUGUCUGGUUCACAGUCAAAUAAUGUUGUCAUGUUUAACAAAGAUGGUGGAGAUUGUCCUUUGGAGAUGGUUUCAGCAAAUAGGAUCAGUCAGAAAGGUCCUGUGGCUCUGUUGUAUGACUACACAAAGAACUGUCUGUUGAUAACAAAUAAUGGCUCAAGCAGCAUUACUGUUGUGGACUAAUAGAAAAUGAAAUGGUGAACUAAUAGAAAAUAAAAAGGGUGGAUUAAAAGAAAAAUGAUGGAUUAAUAGAGAAUGAAAUGGUGAACUGAUGUAGAAAUGAAAUGGUGGAUUAAUAGUGGAUAUUUACAUUCUCUAUGUAUAUUUAUGCCCCCGAAGGGAGGCAUAUUAGUUUUCAACUGUCCGUCCGUUAGUUCGUUCGUCUGUUAACUUUUUGCAUGAAGGCACUUUACUCGCGAACCACUGCACCCAGGACCUUCAAAUUUCACCUGCUGAUAGUACUUAUUGAGUACACGUCCCUUACUGACUUUGGGGUCACCAGGUCAAAGGUCAAGGUCACAGGGGCCAAUGUUAACUUUUUGCAUGAAGGCACUUUACUCGCAAACCACUGCACCCAGGACCUUCAAACUUCACAUGCUGAUAGUACUUAUUGAAUACACCAACCCUAUUGACUUUGGGGUCACCAGGUCAAAGGUCAAGGUCACAGGGGCCAAUGUUAACUUUUUGCAUGAAGGCACUUGACUCGCAAACCACUGCACCCAGGACCUUCAAACUUUACCUGCUGAUAGUACUUAUUGAGUACACGACCCCUACUGACUUUGGAGUAACCAGGUCAAAGGUCAAGGUCACAGGGGCCAAUGUUAAGUUUUUGCAUGAAGGCACUUUACUUGCGAACCACAGCACCUUCAAACUUCACAUGCUAAACGUACUUAUUUAGUACACGACCCCUAUUGACUUUGGGGUCACCAGGUCAAAGUUUAAGGUCACCAGGUCAAAGGUCAAGGCACUGCAGGGGCUGCUCUUGUUACAAAAAGAAAAUGACAACUCAGUAUUUUCGUAUGAACAACAUUGGUGCAGUUAUGUGAAGGGUGACACUUUCCAGUGAUCAUGACAACCAGUAACAAAAUGGUGUAGCAAUCAAAAUUUCAAAAAGAACAUUCUGUGAUAGCUAAAACUUCAUUUUUCUCAAAGUAAAGUUCAGAACUAAACUGACAAAACUAUGAGAUUUUUCCUUGGAUUUAAGGAUCUUAUAUUGUAUCAGUCAAAAUAAGGAACUGUAUUUCUAUCCAAAAUCUGGUUCAGAUUUAAAGCAGACUGGUCAUUUUGGCUGUUCCAUCUAUUUGAAGAUCGGUAGUCAAAGAUUUAUUGUGACUUUCUCAAAUAUUCAUGGAGGGAACCUUGUAUUUUUGUAGUAAGGUACUGUAAAACUGUAACAAGAGGGUCAUAAUGACCCUGGACCGCUCACCUGAGUAAUAUGAGCUACAUGUUUCAAAGAUCAAACUGAUGAUAAAAUAUUAAGAAAGUCAGUAGGUCACAUUCAUGGUCAGUGAAAUUCAGUUUUACGAUUGGUGUGCAAAACUGUGUAUGUCAUCAAAAUUUCAAGGCUGUAUCUUAAAAAAACAAGAAAGUAGGUCAGUAGGUCAAGGUCACAGUCAAGUAACAUCAUAAUACUUGGGGUCAUCAGAUAAUUGUAAUUAAACAGUCUUGGAAAUAGGAUCAAAUGAUUUUUUAGGUAUUUUUUCCUAUAUAACUCGCAUAGUAACUAAGUGACCCCAGGGCGGGGCCUCUUUUAACCCCAGGGGCAUAAUUUGAACAAUUUUGGUAGAGGACUGCCAAAUAUCAAAAGCAUAGGUCGUAUGGUUUUAGACAAGAAGAUUUUUUUUUUGAAGUUUUUUUCCUAUAUAAGUCUUUAUAAAACUUAGGACCCCCAGGGCAGGGCCUCUUUUCACCCCAGGGGUACAAUUUGAACAAUUUUGGUUGAGGACCAUAAGACAAUGCUACCAGCCAAAUAUCAAAGGUCUUAGUGUUGUGGUUUCAGACAAGAAAAUUUUUAAACUUUUUUUCAUAUAUAAGUCUAUGUAAAACUUGGGACCCCCGGGGCGGGGCAUAUUUGACCCUAGAGGGAUAAUUUGAAAAAUUUUGGUAGAGGACCACUAGAUGAUGCUACAUACCAAAUAUCAAAGCCCUAGGCCGUGUUGUUUUGUAUAAGAAGAUUUUCAAAAUGUUCCCUAUAUAAGUCUAUAUAAACCAUCUGACCCCUGGGGCGGGACCAUAUUUGACCCUAGGAGGAUAAUUUGAACAAUUUUGGUAGAGGGCCACUAGAUGAAGCCACACACCAGAUAUCAAAGCCCUAGGCCCUGUGGUUUUGGACAAGAAGAUUUUUAAAUUUUUUCCUUUCGGUUGCCAUGGCAACCAGAGUUCUGCAUAGAAUUCAAUUCUUUGAACAAUUUUGAAAGGGGGCCACCCAAGAAUCAUUCCUGUGAAGUUUGGUGUAAUUCUGCCCAGUGGUUUUCAAGAAGUUUUAUUUUAGAAAAUGUUGACGGACGCAAGAUGGACAUUGAGCGUUCACAAUAGCUCACCACGAGGCUUUGGCUCAGAUGAGCUAAAAAUUGAACAUUGUUUCUUGUGCAUCUAUAUGGAUAUAAACAACAUUUGGACUACUUGUAAAUCAUCAUGGAUUUGCCAUAAUACUAGAAAGAUCAACACCAACACAAUAUCAACAAUAAUUUUGCUGUUUAUCAUAUAUAUUUUGUUUUACCAGAAAUCUUGGGGUGGUUUGUAAAGUAGAAAUGUAUAAAAAAAAAACAACAAACAUUCAGUCCUAAAAUGAAAUGGAAAGAUAUCAUGCCUAGUGUUGAAUAUGUGCUUUUUUCAAAGAGCAAAACUUUUUAUUAUUGAAAGUUGUCUCCAUGGUUUUGGAUACCUGAAGAAAUACAAGUGCCUUUAUUGCAUUAAAUUACUAUAUUAUACUGGCACGCGAGUAGUCCCCAGACAGCAGUAGUCACCGGACACGUUCCCGCAACGCUCUAAUUUUGCGAUACGUCUACAUUUUUUUGUGCCUAAUCAUACAGACGUUUGUUUUGGAGAAGUUUAUCAAGUUUAUUUUUUCACAGGUUAUCAUAUGAAUAUAAUAAUCAUGAAAAUCCUUCCGCAUGGUUACUUGUUUACAUUUUCACUGGCGGGGCUUCCGUUUUUAUUGCGCAUGCGCAAGAAAGGCCAGUCUGGAGGGUUUUAAAAUUAAGGCUACAUGUCUUUACGACUAGCAGACGAUACAUACAUGUUCAACAAAAAAAAACUUAUUUUCUUUGUGACAACAAUACUAAUGUGCCAAAAUAUUUCAUAAUUUGUUCGAUUAGUCAGUUAUUGCCGUGGCUUAAGCAUGAUUAUUCUAUUUUUGUUGUCGCAAUUUUCCGUGUGGCUGGGACAAAUAAAUUUGACUCAAACGUUCGAUCUUUUUACAGUUAUAUAAAAUACCAUUUGUCUUUUUCAUAAUUCCAGCUCAUAUGGGCAGUUUCCAAUAAAUAUAUUCAUUAAAAAAUGGUGUCCGGGCAUUACUAUCGAGCAUGUUAAAAUUUGACGUUCUACAGACCCCUUUUCGGGCCUCGCUUAUUCCCCGCGAACGUGACGUCAUUUCAAAGGAAAACCCCUAAACUGGUAAUACCGGAGCUAAGGUAUUUUUAUAUGAUAAUCGUUUUUAUUUUUGGUUUUGUUUAGGCUUUUGGGGACGAAAUAUAUGCGAUUCCUGUCCGGGGACUACUUGCAUGCCAGUAUGCAUUAUAACUAUAACAGUUACAAAAUUGCAUAGUACAACAUCCUGUAACCCAAGCCAUAUUACCGCAAACUGGCAUUAUAACUGGUUAUUGGCCACCAUGGAUAAGUGAUGUCAUUUUACAGUAUCACCAUAAUGAAGCAGUUGUUAAUGUCGAUAUUUUAUAUAAUUAACUGAUUCAAGCAACCGAGUAAUCUUUAUAGUGUUCAGGUAUGUAAUAAACAACUCAUUAAAGGGCAAUGACAUUCCUUACAUGGUCAUUAGCACUCCUAAACCUAUAUUGGCACUCUGGCUACACCCUUGCCCAAUACAGGUUUAGUCGUGCUAAUAACCACUUCAGGCCUGCCAUUGCCAUAUAAUAAGUGUACAAUAAGAAUGACUGUUACAGAGUUAACAGUUUUCUUUAUAAGGACAACAAGAGUGCCAGAAUGUCACAAUAUACGCCCGUCACAGCAAAUUUCUUUACUCUAGCACCUGUAUUUGCAAAUGGAAUUUUAAUUUUGUGGUUGUUUAGUAAUCAUUGUAAGUCAUUUGUUUUUCUAAGUCCACAAAAAAAAAAAAAAAAUCAAAAAAAAAAUUGUAAGUCCACACAAAAAUCUUUACCAGGUAGAGAUUGGUCAAAAUACACCUCAUAAUUGGAUGUAGCAUGCAUGUUGUACUACAGAAAAGUGGUCUCGAUUUUUCCCUACGACUAGUAAUGAAAAAGUUACAAUAUAAGCUAUUUAUAGUAACAACAAAGGGAAGUAAUUCUAAAGAAGGGAACUGCGCAUGACACUUCGUCUCAUGAUGGUGUAUAAUUGUGCCAAGUUACAUCAAAAUCCCUCCAUGCAUGAAGAAGAAAUGCUUCGGACAAAGUCAUUCUUGUAUCUGACCUUUGGCCUCUAAGUGUGACCUUGACCUUUGACCUAGGGACCUGGUUCUUGCGCAUGACACUCCGCCUCGUGGUGGUGAACAUUUGUGCAAAGUUAUAUCAAAAUCCCUCUAUGCAUGAAGAAGAAAUGCUCCAGACAAGGUUUUCAUUCUUGUAUCCUUUGACCUCUAAGUGUGACCUUGACCUUAGACCUAGGGACCUGGUUCUUGUGCAUGACACUCAGCCUCAUGGUGGUGAACAUUUGUGCCAAGUUAUAUCAAAAUCCCACCAUGCAUGAAGAAGAUAUACUCCGGACAAAGUUUUCUUUCUUGUAUCCUUUGACCUCUAAGUGUGACCUUGACCUUAGACCUAAGGACCUGGUUCUUGCGCAUGACACUCCGUCUCAUGAUGAUGAACAAUUGUGCCAACUUUCAUCAAAAUCCCUCCAUGCAUGAAGAAGAUAUGCUCCGGACAAAGUCAUUCUUGAAUUUGACCUCGAAGUUUGACCUUGACCUUAUACCUAGGGACCUGGUUUUUGCGCAUGACACUCCGUCUCAUGAUGAUGAACAACUGUGCCAAGUUUCAUCAAAAUCCCUUCAUGCAUGUAGAAGAUAUGCUCCAGAAAAAGUAUGUGGACGUCGCCCGCCCGCCCGCCAGGGGCGUUCCCAUAAUACGUCCCGUUUUUCAAACGGGCGUAUAAAAAUUAUUCAGAGUGUCAGGAUCUAUCUUGCUUUCUGUAUGUUUCUGAUAUUAGGAAUUUUGAAGUUUAUGCAUGUUAUACACACCAACAAAGGCUUAGGGUUGAUAUUAAGGCAAUUUUGGAAAAAGUGAUUACUCAGUCCUGAAUUCAGGAUCACUGUUAGACUGAACCCUAUCAAAACUGAUGUAUUCUUUUGGUUCAGAGUCCCUGAUUGACUUAGUUUUUGGUUUCUUUAAUGAGUUCAAAGGGUACUAAUAUAUGGGCAGGAGAAAGAAAAUAUAUCUUCAAUGUCCUUUCUGUCCUGACGUUUGUAGAGCUGUCUGUAGACUUAAGAUAAUAGACAUAAUGAUAGGUAAAUAAUGUAAUAUUCUUUACAGUUUCGGCAUUCUCUGGUUUUAAAAGAAAGCCACGUGCAGUUUGAGUUUCUUUAGGUUUGAAGAAUGUCGAAUUACCAAAGGAGAAAAAGUAACAACACACGGAAGUUGCAAAGUAUCAAUACUGGUCUGCUACCUUAAAUUGAAAAGGAACUCUGAUUAAUGAGCUUCCGGUUUCAAUUAUUUCAGUGUUGGAAAAUUAGUAACCAGGCUUUUUACAUUUUUCAUUUACUAGGAAUAUGCUAAAUCGAGAAAAUGCAGUCUUUUGGCAUCUUGUACAUUAUUGUAUAAAUUCAUUCUUAUAUGAAAUAUAUAGUUCACUGUA